AUAUGGCCUCAAAAAUUUAAAACUACAAAACAACACUGGUUUAAUGACAUUAUUUUUUAAUAAUAAAUCGAAUAUCAAUUCAGCUUUUUAGAUAUUUGACAAUAUUGUUUAUCAAGUUUGCAUAUUUUAAUGAAAUAUUUUAGUAUCUAGAAUGAGAUCAAAAAUACGAGUUCAAUGUGCACUUUACAUUAAUAACUCAAGAUGAUUGAAAUAACCUCUAUUCAUGUAAGUAUUACUUGGCUUAGUUAAAAGAAUCAUAUUGUAAGUAAUUUUGUAAAUAUUAUAUAACAUUUAUAUAUUUUAUUAUAUAUAAUAUAUAAUAUUAUAUAUAAUAUACAAUAUUACAUAAUAUUAAUACAAAAAAAUUGCAUACAAGUCAAUGAUAUUUGAUAACAAUACAAACAAAAUAUUUCUUAUUAAUUAACAGAGAAGUAUGAAAUUUUUACGAGCAGUAUUGUGUAUCUGUGAUAACAAUUGUAACAUAAUAAUAUAUAAUAAUAAAUUAAUUUUAGAAUUCUAGGAGAUGAUCUCAAUUUCAGAAGAAAAAGAGAGGAGGAGAUAUUUGAUGAAUUUAUCAGACGAUAUUAACAUUGAAUAUAAUCACGAAUAUAUACAUACAAAUAUAAUAUAUUUUUACAUUACGAUGUAAUGUACUCUACAUAUACAUAUUUCAAAUUUAUAUUUUUAUGUCAAAUAUAUAAUAAAAGUGAUAAGAAAAUAUAAGAGUAAUGAUGCAUUAUAUGUCCUUAAAGAAAUUUAUUCGUCGUAAUAUAUUUGAUUUUUCUAAUAUAUAAAAAAAAUAAAUGAAAUUAAUUAUUUAAAUGAUUAUCAUAAUAACGUAAACCUACAAAUGUAAUAGGAAGUAAAUUGACCAAUGAAAUUAGAUAUACAACUCGGUCGUUUUAAGUUUAUUGAUUGUUGGUCGGUUCGAGUAGUUGAUUGGUUAUCUCGUAAUAUCGCACUUCCGUCUAAUGCCAAUGAAGUUACACCAAUGGCUGUGUUGGUUUCCAAUGUAAUUCGAUCAACCAAUCAGAAACCUUUCAUGAGCGACCUCUAUAUAACAAUGUAUCAAGUCUAGCGGAGACACGUGUACUUUAAUACGAGCCGGAAAGAGCCAUUUUCUUUGGAAACUGGAGAAGUAGAGGUCGUAAGCCAGCGUGGCCGGUGUGCCAGCGCACUGUAUAAUAUAUACUGCCAUAAUGGCGGCUAUAUUACUUUUUUUGAUGAUAUCAAUUCUAUCUGCUACUUGUACGGUAACAGAAACAGUACCAUCGGUCAUUUCUUAUCUAUCGGAUAAUGAUAAAAUACGUUUGAAAAAUGUUAUUGAUCCUGGUUUGAAUUUACAAGAUCCAACUUCAAUCUAUUAUAGUGUGUACGGAUAUAAACUUCUUCAAGAAACUAUACCUAAUAAAGAAAAAAUUUGUAAUUAUCUAUCAAAAUCUAUUGGAGAUGGUAACAAUGUUGUACCUGAAACAGCCUUUUAUAUUGUAUCGAUGUGGAAAAUUAUCGAUACAUGUCAAGGUUUACCAAUACCUGCAAUUACAAAGGUUUUGAUGAAUACUAUUGAGAAAGAUACAUCUACAUUUGCUGAAUUAUAUUUUGCUGUAAAUACUUUAACUCUUUUAUCACAAAAAUUAACUACCGAAAAAUCCGAAAAAUUAGCUAAAACAUUACAAGUAGCUCUCAGAAAAGAUGACAGUCUGUGGAAUCUUGGAUAUACCUUCCACAUUGCUUCUGAUCUUGGGUCUGUUGGUACAUUUGCUUUUGAUCGUAUCGAAGAUGCUAUCAUUCAAGCAGAUGAAGUAAAUGGACAAUUCUUGCAAUUUGAAGGUGGACUGUCUAUAACAAGUUUUCUUGUAAAUGGUAUCUUCAAGCUUGGUAGUUCAUUAAAGAAAAGACCACCUUUGACAUCUCCACAAAUUGUUAAGCUAACAAAUUAUCUUUUGUCAAGACGAUCUGUCCAAACUCCAAAGGGUGUUGUAAGCCUCCUUUCAGCAUUAAAUACAUUAGCAGUAAACAAAUAUGAAACAUUAGUUUGUAUUACUCUACCUGAGGAAGGAGUUAUUGUUUCAAGCAAACAACCACUUGUUACCAUUAAAGUUUGUGAUAUUUUUGGUAAACCAUUGCCAACAAUACCUAAAGUAAUUGCAAAUUCUGCUACAAAAGUAGAAGAUGAUACUGUUAUUAGCAGUAAAGAAAUAUUACAAUCUUCAACAACAGACAAGACAUUGUUUAUAAUGGAUUUCAUGAAAGCUAAACCAGAUCGUGGAUUUUAUAAAAUAUCAGUAUCAGCAGCAUCUGUAACUAGUAUUAUUAAGGUCAAAGUUCUUUCUGAAGUAGUUGUUGAUUAUUUAGAAAUGGGAACAGGAGAUGCUGAUCAAACUACACAACCAAAAUUAGCAAGAGUUACAUAUCCUGAAAAAUUAAAUCAAAAAAUAGAGGCAGAUUCUCAACAAAAAUUAGUUGUAAGAUUUUUAUUAAAAGAUUCAGCUAAUAAAAAACCAAUGCGUGUUCACCAAGCAUUUAUUCGCUUAUCAUCUACUUUUAUUACUAAUAUUUAUGAUGACAAUGAAAUAACAUUUGUAGCAGAGCCAGAUAAUGCCAAUGUUUAUAAAUUUGAUAUGCCAUUGGCAGUAGCAGCAAUAAAUUUCGGAUAUCGGAGUGGUGAUUAUAACAUUGAUUUAGUUAUUGGUGAUGCUGUAUUAAGUAAUUCUUUUGAAUGGACUAUUGCUACAGUAAAUUUGAAAUUCCCUGAUGCAGUUGCUACUGAAUCGAAUGAAAAAAGUGCUUUUUUCAAACAAAAAGCAGAUAUAUAUACAACAAAACCAGAAAUAAAGCACAUGUUCCGAGAACCGGAGAAGAGACCACCAGCUUUUGUAUCCAAUUUAUUUACUGGUUUAUGCUUAGCGCCUGCCUUUUUAUUAAUUAUUCUGUGGGCAAAACUCGGUGUCAAUAUAUCUAAUUUCCCUCUAUCUAUUAGUGCUGUUACAUUUCAUCUUGGAUUAGGAGGUAUCUUUCUUCUGUUUGGAAUCUUCUGGUUGAAAUUGAACAUGUUUGUGACGUUGCGUUAUCUUCUUGGACUUGGUAUAGUUACAUUCCUUGCUGGUAACAAAUUGUUGUCGAACAUUGCCCACAAACAUAAAUUAUCGCACUGAAUUAUAAAUGAAGGUUCCUUUCACGCGCAAGUGAUACAUUAUUAUUAUAAAUGCAUUUUAUAAUAAUGAAAUUUAUGAACAAGUAUGUUAUGACAAGGAAGUAUGUGUACAUUGAAAUAGGCAUAACUAAACGAACAUUCAUUUUUAUAGAUCGAAAGUAACGUUAUCGCUAUUCCGAUGCAAGUGAUAUAUUUAUUGAAUAUCACUUUACUAUAUAACUUAAUAAACUAUUUAAAUACGAAAUGCAAUAAUUGUCAAGUACUUUAUUUUAGAAUGUUAUAGUUUUUCUACAUAUUCAUUUGUACAUAAAGACUUAAUAAAUGAAAUUAAAAUUUA